AUGAGGGCAGAGGCGGGCCCGGGGGACGAGGAGGAGCGCCCUUGGGACGCGCAGCGCCGGCGCUUCAGGCAGCUCCGCUACCGGGAGGCCGAGGGGCCCCGGGGGGUCUGCAGCCGCCUCCACGCCCUUUGCCGCCAGUGGCUGGAGCCCGAGAGGCGCAGCAAGCGGGAGAUGCUGGACCUGGUGCUCCUGGAGCAGCUCCUGGCCGUCCUGCCCCCGGAGAUGGAGCGCUGGGUGCGGGGCUGCGGCCUGUUUCCUCUUCCUUUUCUCAUCCGUUUCCCCUUUAUGGGAUUCUCACUUCUGUUACAGGUGCAGGAGAAGAUGGUGCAGGAGGGUGACCGUGGAGCAGCUUUUACAGGUGGUGCCUUGAAACCAGUGACGCAUUCUUUGCCCCCUCUUUGUGACAGAGAGAAAGCAGCUUCCAUGCAGCCAGAUCAGGGUCUAGUGACUUUUGAGGAGGUGUCUGUAUACUUCACGGAGGAGGAGUGGGCCCUGUUGAAUCUGGACCAAAGAAGCCUUCACAAGGAAGUCAUGGAGGAAAACCAUCAUAAUGUGGCCUCUUUGGAAGCUGAUGAUCCCCAGAACAAGGUGGAGGGAGAACCAAGGAAGCUGUCAUUGGAUGGGAAAGAGCAGGGAAGAAACACUGGAACAGAACAGAACUGGUGGAAUGAAUCCUGUGCUUCUCAGAGUGCUGAGUCGCAGGUCAUCCCACCAGACCAAGGAAAGAUCAAUUGCCCUGUAUGUGGAAAAACAUUCAUUUAUCAGUCAGUGUUUGAUAGACACUGGAAAAUCCACACAGAGGAGAAACUAUAUGAAUGUUUUGAGUAUGGAAACGCCUUUUCUCAGAAGGAACAUCUUUCGGAAAGCAGAAACAUUCAUACAGAAGGCAAAGCUCAUAAAUGCUUGGAGUGUGGAAAGAGCUUUACUCGAAGUUGA